GUUCCUCAGUUUGUUUUCGUUCUUUCCGCAUCCUUCCACGAAAAAGUUUACCUCAUUUUAUGUCCUGGCCUCACACCACCUUGAUUUCUCCAUUUAAAUCGCUCUGUUUGCCGUUCAAAUGAUUUACUGCUUACGUGUCACCAGGAGAUUACAAGCAAAGGAUCAAAUUUAGUGACUUCUGAUCAGCAUCAUGAACUCUACAAAGUACCUCGCUAUCCUGUUUCACUAAAUUCUGCGAAAUCGGGCCCUUGUGUCUUACCAAAUGGCCACUAAUGACUUCCACAAAGCAGAGAUGUGCAAAGCUAAAAGAUGAGAUCUUGACACAACUAGCAGAACAGAUCAAAGCUCUCCAGCUUGGCCAGCAAAGUGCUGAUGUCAUUGGUGAUGGGGAAUACAAAGUGACAGCCAAGAACAUUCAUCUGCAAUGUCUCAUGGACCUUCUGGACCACAUUUUACUCCAUGGGUUGGUUUCAGUUGAGUAUGGCUACUGGCCAUUCGUGAAAGUGUUUACUCAUUCAGAAACCAUCAAGAUAAUCAACUCACAUCCCCAAGUCACCAAUGAUUUGGAUAAAGGCCGUGUUUGGAUAUUUAUGGCCAUCAAAGAAUGUGUACUUGAAAGUUAUAUGAGAAUGUUUCUUAAUGAACCAAAGUCUGUCAAGAAGUAUUACUCAAAGUAUGCAUUUAUGCGAGACAAUGAGAGGCUUGGUAUUCUACAAACGCUUGUGUCAGGUCUGGAUUUUAUUGGCCUCGCUCUAGACCAGGAUACGCCAUAUUUGGGAUAUGGCGGAGUUCAGCUCCAUACACCAAAGCAAACCACACUCAACUCAAAUCUGUUACCACAUGGGAGUAACAGACUGCCUGUCAAGAAUGUUACCUCUCCUCGCACACCAAGUCACUCAAGAGAAGGAAGUGCCAGCUUGUCCAGUAGCGUCUCGACCUCAUCUACACUCACAGCUCCCACCAGUCCCGUCAGCACAGAGGAUGAAUCCGUCGACACGGCAAUAGGGUCGCUCUCACUUUCUGACACGAAAGAACAAGGCAGCCGUGAACAAUCGAAGGGUCAAGAAUCGUAUGAGCUUCGCGGUGUUCAUGAUUCGAGUAAAUUUACAACAGGAGGACACCAGGGCCACCGCCUUUCGACCGACCAAGAGGCCUUAGCGUGCAUGGACCCGAAGUAUACCCUGCUGGAUGUGGAUGCCAUGCCAGCUUACGAGCGCCCUACCGAGGAGUAUCGGCCAAGGAUCGGUAGUAAUCUGUCAGAGAUAUCUAUGGAUGAGGUGGACAUUGUGUUCAGCCACGAGCAACGGACGAACCGUAGACACAUGCGUAGACCUUAUCGACGAAAAAGAGAAAGAGCAAGGUCCACAGAAACCAGUUCCAAGGCAGACUCAAGGCUAAGACUUCCCGGUGGACAGCACGGAGCAGGAGUUCGUUCAGAAGGUGCUCAUGAGCGAGCCUCAUCGUUCGUAUCCGACCAAACGGGGGAAGACUCAGACAGCAUUUGCAGUGCAGUUUCAGGGGAUUCUCUAGAUCAAUUCUGUCGCGAUGCUGACUUUGGCUCUAGCUACAACCUGAGCACAGAACUUGUCGUUCAACCUACUGUUCUCGAGUGUCAUAAUGACGAGAUUACUCUCCCCAAGGAGAGUACGGAGAAUAGAGGGAGAGACAAAGUUGACGAAGAUGAGGGUGAAACCUCGAGUCUUUCAAUGCUACAGAGCUCAACUGAGUAUGAAGGGAUAAUCUUAGGGCUGCCUAAGCGCCAGACUUUGCAAGAUACGCCGGGUAACCUGUGUGACAGUCACGUGGAUGCCAAUACUGUGCUGGUGUUAUCAUUGGAAAUAUUCAAACACAGCGACGAACAGUUCCAGCAGAUGUUCCACGUCACCACUGGACAUCACUUUGGUCAGCUGCAAUCCGCGUACGUCAUGCUCACUAACUAUGCGGUCUAUCUGCUUAGGAAAGUAUCCUUCAGAGCAGAGGCAAGCUUCCAUACGGAUAUCUCCAUAUCAUAUGCGACUCUAAGGAAAGUGGAGGUGCGAAGGAGUUUUGAAAUUGGACUCAAUUGUCAAACAGUAACUGUCUCGUCAAGGAACCAACAGUUCACAAUUUGCUUUGGGGACGAAGCCUGUACAAGAGCUUUCAUCACGAGUCUGACGUCACACGUGUCGCGUGCUAGUCCCGCCCCCUCGCUGUCCAAUCUCGUGUCUAAUAUCGCCGUGCAGCAAGAGACGGACAUAAGUAGAUGGAUGGCGCACCAUGACAAGCUACAGACUGCAAACUCCAAUGUGCUCUGCUACUCUCUCGCCCACUGGUGCGGCCUCUCUGGGCCUGACGCGAACAUCGAGGUGAUCAGUUUUCAAAGCGUCAUGGAGGGAACACUGGAAUACAAACAUCACCAGUACUUGGGGAUGAGCUUGAAAUGGACGACGGGAUACUUCAUACUAACAGAUGGCACGCUUUGGCAAUACAACAAGCAAAAUGAUAAAAAUGCCAAAGUGUCGAUCGACUUGAGAGGAACGCGUUGUGGAGGUUGCAGACAAAUUAAAGACGCCGGGAAGAAAUUUGCGUUUGAGAUCGUUUCCUCUGACGGGACAGGUUCUCUCAUGGUCCUGGCGGCGCCCAGCGAGCAUGAAGCGUGCGAGUGGAUUUUCAAGAUUUGUCAGUCUAUCGCGCAAUCGUUCGACAGUGAUGACGACAGAGGGUGUACCAUCAUGCAUUGUGUCCCUUGCUGCUUAAUUGCCACAAAAGACGAGUUGGUAGUUUGCCUGUGUCAAUCGAGUGAACCCGCCUCCUACCAGCUCAUCAGCUGUUGCUCCCUUCAGUGUGUGACCCGGAUAUUCGUGGAUAACCAAAUAAGGAAUUACUGCAUCGUGAAAUUCCAGUACAGUGAACUCCAUGACACGGAGGCCGCCUGGUUGCUGUGUUUCAGGACUGAGUAUGAACUGGGCAAGUUUGAGUCAACAGUGGCUGGAGCGUGGAGGGAACUUUUCCAGGUGGAUUUACAGUUCCUGGUACUGGGUGACGUGCCGGCGCGCAAAGACGCACGGGAACGAGUUAGGAAAAUCGAGCAAUUUUAUACAAAAAUAUCUUAACAGCCUUUGCAUGAAUUUCGAAUUUUUUAUACUAUUAACGUUCAAAGAAAUGACACUUCAACGUUCUUCAAUGCUAUUUACAACCGCGAAUCAAUAUGUAUUUACGAUUCAUACAUUUACCAAUUUAUAAUUUAUCAAUGUAAAAUAUAUCGUGCAAGUUUUUUAUCCAGUGUGAACCAUUUUUUUUUACUCUAUUUUUAUGUAAACAUGAACACAAAUAAAUACACUCAGUACCGAAA